AUGUCAUACGACUGUUUGCUGCACUCACUACCACCUGUGAAUAACAUGCGUGGAUCCUCUAUGUUUAUAUCAGAGACUAACAACACAUAUCUAGGAUUUAUUCACACAUUUCAGCCACAUUUAGCAUCUCGUGGUGGUCUUGUAUUGAAUAUCUACCAUUCCUAUUUAAUCAGAUUAGCUAGAGAACCAAUGCCGAACACAACAUCAUGGAAAUGGACCAUCACUCAUAAAACACCGCCUUUAGCGAUGCCGAUAACGAAAAAUGAACAUGCUCAUCGAAUUCAAUUUGUAACAACAAUAACUCAACGCGAUUCUGAAUUUUGGAUAUCGAUGGGUGAUAUGGAUUGUGAUUCUCAUAUUCUUCGAAUCCCAAAAGAAUCUCUUCUAAAGUUAUUACAUUGA